AUGCCCCUGACCCAGAAGCUAGGAGCAGGAGCCCAGGGGGAAGAAGCCAGGGAACAACCUGAGGUGGCGAGGGGCGGGGCAGGGCAGGCGCUGAGCCCCGGCCCGGGGGCGCUGCAGAGGCAGACGGGGAGCGCCCGGAGGGCGAUGGAGGGGGAGCCCCCGGGCCCCGGGGAGCAGGCGCUGCAGGAGUUCCAGGCCCUGUUGGAGCUGGUCGGGGGGAAGCCGGAGGUGCUGCUGGUCGGGGAGGUGCUGGAAGCGGGGGAGACCCGGGCGCUGCUGGGGGCGUUUGCCCAGGAGCUCUUCGGGGAGCGGCCCGGGGGCCCGGCGGGCGGCGGGAGGGAGCCGGGGGGGCGGCCCGGGGACCAGGCGGGCGGCGGGGGGGAGCCGGGGGGGCGGCCCGGGGACCAGGCGGGCGGCGGGGGGGAGCGGCCCGGGGGCCCGGCGGGCGGCGGGGGAGAGCCGGAGGGGCGGCCCGGGGGCCAGGCGGGCGGCGGGGGGGGGCGGCCCGGGGGCCCGGCGGGCGGCGGGGGGGCGCCGCCUCCCCAGGUCCGGGUGUGCCUCGGGCGCGGCGGCGCCGGCCGGGAGAUCCGCUCCCCGCUCAUCUUCCUGCUGUGCCGGGCCGGCUCCCUGCAGCCGCGGCGAGCCCGGGCCCGCCUGCGGGAGAUCGCGCGGGACCUGCGGAGCCGCCUGCCCCGGGGCCCGCCGGCCGCCCUGGUGGGGGUGAUCGUGCAGCCCGGCCCCAGCGAGGAGGCGGCGGCGGCGCUGCUGCUGGAGACGCUGCUCCGCGAGGUCUUCCAGGGGCAGCGGCAGGACACGGUGCAAGCGGCCGCCUACAGCCCCGGCCGCCCGGACGGGACGCGGGAGGUCCGGAGAGCCGCCUGCCGAGCCCUGCGAGCGGCCCUGCAGCACCGAGCAGGUGGGGAGGAGAGAGAGAAGCGGAGAUUCCCCUCCCUCCUGCGGUGCGUCCCCUGGGGCAGGAGGAGCCGGAGAAGAAGCCGAUCGGCUAAUGCUGCCAACAACCUUCAUGAGGGUGGCCUGCAGGACCCCGAGGAGGGAGUGGCUCUGACAGGCAUGUCGCUAAACGGAAACUGUGAAGAAGCAAGCAGAGGCACAGGUGCUUAAAGCUCCUGGAUGGCAUCAAGGAACCACCCUUGCUGAUUUGCUCUUAUAGCAUGAGGACGACGGGCUGAAUUCACCCUGGUGAUCUUCUGGAAAGGGGACAUGGAAGCCAUCAGCCAGCUCUUGGGAAAAGCUGCUACCUUCUGUAGCAACAGUGUCCGAGCCAGAUAACCGUCCUGCUCCCACCCCACCAUUGCUGCAGCAAAACCCAGAGGAGGGUCAUGUUCUGCCACCCGGUAGAGUUCAUUUGUAGAUUGCAUCCAAUGGAAUUUCUUAAAGGCCCACAGUCCAUUUUAGCAUUUCACGGGGUGUGUGACAGUGCAGGAAUCCCAGGUAUAAAACAUGCUCUGCUGCUAGAAGAGAGAGUCUCUCAUUUGAAGAACAAAAUUCCCCGUCCAAGAGGCCUUCUGGGUUUCUUUGCUGAUGAAACCAAUCUUCUGCCUUGCCCUCAUGCUUUAUUGCUGUUCUAAAGCUCCAGAUAACGGCCUCAAUAGACCUUCCAUUUUCUGUUAUGGCUCCCCCGUUAGGAAACAACAGGCAAGUGGGGGAGAAAGCGAUAGAGCUGCAGGGAGAUCACGGUGCGACUGCUCAGCUCCGCGUACAGGCCUUGGGACAUACUGGCAAGUUGAAGAGGAUUGAAUGCAAUAAUCUAAUGUGAAGAAAGGCAAUAAUUGCUACUGUCAUGCCGUACGAUCACGUGCACGAUGCAGAAGUCACUGAUGGUCAUGUCAAUAGGAGAGCGGUCUGAGAGAGCCGUUCAUUCCAUACGGCUAGUCCUGGUGCUAAGUGAGUGAUUUACAGGUUGCAUUGGAGGCAGAGCAACCAACAGUGCUUAUAGCAUUUCCACGUUCCGAUGGGGGUGACAGAUGUCCAUUCCCCCACCCCCCAACUUCUUAACCGUGGGAUCCCAACAACCACAUGGCUUUCAGGCCCCGAAGAUCACCCCAUACAUUCAUCUCUCUUAAAGAUGUGACUUAAUAUAUUGUUUUUAGGCAAUACAAUCUAUAUAUUUAA